GACAUUGUCACCUGACAGACUUCAACAUCGCUGCCAUCGUCAAAGACGAUCUAAGAGCCACAUCUAUCGCAGGGACAAAACCAUACAUGGCCCCGGAGCUGUUUCAGCCACACGAGGGGACACAUCCGGGCUACUCCUUCUCUGUGGACUGGUGGUCUCUGGGUGUCACUGCCUACGAGCUGCUGCGAGGACAGAGGCCGUACAUCAUGCGUUCCAGCAUGCCGGCCAAUGAGAUCCUCCAGAUGUUCCACAAGGUCAACCCAAGCUACCCCAUGGCCUGGUCUCUGGAGAUCAAGUCUCUGCUCAGAAAGUUGCUGUGUAUUGACGUGCACCAGCGAGUGUCCUGCCUGGCUGAGCUACAGGAACUGGACCUGCUGUCUGACGUCAACUGGGACUCCGUGCUCAACAAACAGCUUCCCCCCGGCUUCAUCCCCAACAGGCGGAGGCUGAACUGCGACCCCACCUUUGAGUUGGAGGAGAUGAUUCUGGAGUCUAAACCGCUGCACAAGAAGAAGAAGAGACUAGCCAGGAAGACCAGAGAGCAGGGUUCUGACGGGUCCCCCCAGAAGGGUCAGCUCCAACAGCGCCUGGACAAUGUGGAGAGGGACUUCCUCAUCUUCAACAGAGAAAGGUCAAAGAAGGCUGUAGUGGGAACAGAAGCAACAGGCCUCACCACGGCAGAGAAGAACAAGGCUAUUGAAGACGGACAGAACAACAACGUGGACCCAGCAGCCUACAUAUCAGGAUAGUGGACUACGGCUUUAGCCCGAAGUCGCUACGUGUAUCUGGCCGCAGCUUGUAGAUCAACACCCAAUCUCCCACUCAGAUUGACCUUUAACCCUGACACAUUCCCCAACAGCCAGCCACUAUACCCAGACUGCUGGAGGUCACAUAAACUACUACUUUACAGAGUGAGUGGCACCUGACAUAAAGCAGACAGACAGACCCUGGCUCGUUCUUCUUUUCCUAGCCCAGAGAUGUGGCCUCUCAGUGGUCACCCCUUCUUACACUCUGCCCUACCCUGACUUGGUCUGACUUUGCCUGAUGCACCAUGAUCCCCUGGAGCUCCCCUCCCUCCACCAAGUCAGCCAGGCCCAGAAAAUGAUUUGCCUGCCAACCCAGCAGGAAGCAGAGACAGACAGGAUACAGCCACCAUGCCUGCUAAGCUGAGGCUAGGCUCAGGCCAGGAAGAAAAUGAAGCCUGAUGUUGACAAAUAGGAUACUAUGUUUGCAGUACAUGAAAACAGAGAAAGGGGGUGUAAGUUGCCUCACAAAAAAUGAAUAAUAAUUAGAGAUGAGAUAUACUGCCUUUGUUUUCAAGACACCAACCACAGAUUCCUCUUGGAAUACAAAGGGAACCACUGACUUCAGCAGAGACAGAGUUUACUUAAUGAGUCUCUGUGAUGAUGUUAGGCAUCACUUGUGCCUCUCAAGCAAACCAAGAUGACGGGUACUUGACAUGGACAUUUGGGAUAUAAAUAUUUAUAGAUAAAUAGAUAUUUAUUGUCUGUUCCGCACAGAAAAUAGCUUUGCACACGCUUCUCCAUUAAUCGUAGAGGUCAAAGUGUAGUGUCUGAAUUCUCUUCUGUUUAAUAUAGGGGUGCCGUAUAGCUACUACUGUAUAUGGCACCUGAUUGGUUUCCCCAUGCAGACAAUGAUAAUCAUAUAUGUAGUCUAAUUGAAGUCACCAUCCUGUUGUUCAAUAUGUGCUUGAAAAAUAGCUUUGCCAGUCUUUUGACCCUUUCUGCAAUACAAUUACAUAUUAUCCAAGGCUUUCCCUGUCGCUGGUUACCAGAUCUCCUAUUGGCACCUUUAUAACAACCAUUAUCGGUACAGAUAUUCUAAUUAUUGUAGGUUUUGAUAAAUGUAUGUCAUUCAAGGGCCCAAUGAAAGCAGAGUUGUAAAAUGAGUACUCUUAUUUGGUUUUCCAUUUGUUGUCACUGUGUGGACUAUUACCUGUAAAUGUGGUCAAGCAGCGAUUAUAAAAGUUGUGCCUUAAUGUAAUACUUUUCUUUGGGACCCCGACCUUAUUAUUUUAUUAAAUACACAAAAUGAGCAGUUAGGUAACAUCUGGGAAUUCAAAAGGAAAAGUUCACCAGUGGGUUUUGUUUUUGCUAUUGAAAAGUACCACAGUAAUAAAGUGCUUUAGGGUUACCUAACUAACUGCUUGUUUGUUUGUUUUUGUUUGAAUAAAUAGCCAGAUAAGA